AUGCCUGUGCGAGCGCUCACCAUCACACUGAAAGUCUACGCCGGCUCUGGCUACUGGAUCAGCAAGGAUGCUUGGGGGACAUUGUUCCGGGCCACUUGCGAUUCGAUGUUCUGCCGUCUGGCAUCCACAAUGUUUUGGACGCCAGACGAGCUGAAAAAUCGCGGUGUCACUGGAACUUUUUCCAACAAGUCCAAAUCCAAAGGGAUGACCGAGGCCAAACAAGCCUUUACGCCCCAGAAACUGUCGUCUCUAAAAGGCCUCUUCAGAGUCUACAUGGGGUCUGGAGUGACCGAGGACGAAGAAAAGAAACGGAUGAAGGAUGUGCGGCGGCACCUCUCCCAGAAACUGGCAGAUUGCCAGAGGAAAUAG